GCCUAGAGUCCCUUUGGCGGGACACUGCCGUCGGGAGUCCUUUCACCAACCCAACCCCUUUUAACUUUCAAAAAAGCGGCCUGCUCCGCCGUGGGCUGCCCGGCCGGCUCUUCUCCAAAAAAAGAAUCCGAAAAAAAAGGGGCUGCAGGACGAGGGGAAGUGUUGACGGGCAUUUCGGUCGGUUGGUGGUGGUGGUGGUGGUGGUGGUGGGAGGAGCGAUGAGCGGCGGCCGGCUGUGCGCGGUGUUGGGGGAGCUGGGAUUCGACGGCCAGGGCUCGCUGGAUCCGGACAGCUUCGAGUGGCCCUUCCAGUACGAGGAGGCCCACCCCCUCCUCGACUGGAUCUGCUCCUCCCUCCGCCCUUCCAACGUCCUCUCCCCCGCCGAACUCUCUCAGUAUGAACAGUUUGUGCAAGAAGGAAAGCUUCUGGAGGGGGAAGACUUGGAUUCUGCUUUUGAUAGCAUUUCAGCCUUUUCCAACAAGAGAGACAAUCAGGAAGCAGUAUUUGGAGCGGAAGAGAGGCUAAUAGAUAUACGGGAGGCAAAGCUAGUGUACAAAGCAGAAGCUCUAGAAUUGCAGAAGCAGCUUUCACGCCAACAAUCACAGUUUGAUAUACUUGCAAGUCAGGCUUCUGCUCUAAUUCAGGGCAGAAGGGCUCGUGUUGCUGCAACCUCUGCAGUUAAUGCACAACUUAGAGCACUAGAAGAGAAGCUUUCUGCAAGAAAUUUAGAAAUGAAUGCAGUUCUAGGAAAAAUUGCUGCUACAGCUCAUAAGCUGGCUCAGUAUCAUUCAGGGGAUGAGGAUGGAAUCUACUUAGCUUACUCUGAUUUCCACCCAUAUUUAAUUGGAGAUUUAGCUUGUACCAAAGAGCUGAACCAGUGGUUUUCCAAGCAAUUUGACAAGGGACCAUUUCGGCUUGUUGCUGAAGAGGGCAAAUCUAAAUGUUCAUGGGUGAGCCUUGAUGACAUCACAAAUUGCUUGAUAAGAGGAGAUUCAGAAAAAUCUCAUCAUCAUCGUGUGGCUGAGCUGCAACGACUCCGAUCCAUAUUUGCAACAAGUGAAAGGCAGUGGGUGGAAGCCCAAGUUGAGAAUGCUAAGCAGCAGGCUAUACUCUCAAUGCUGAAAUCUCAAAUAUCAUCUGAUGAGUCUCACAUUCAUCGGGAUGUCCAUUCACUACGGAGAAAAAACUCAGAACUGACUGGAGAACUUGCAAACCUCUCUCAUAAAGUGCAGAUGUUUUUAUCUGAGACUAUUCCUAGUUUAUGCUCAGAGCUUGCCCAACUUCAAGACACGUAUAUUUUGCAAGGAGAUUGUGAUUUGAUGGUUAUGCGCCAGGAGUGCUACAUCAGCCGGCAAAAAACGUUCAUAAAUCACCUGGUUAAUCAGCUUGCUAGACACCGGUUUCUGAAAAUAGCUUGUCAACUUGAAAGAAAGGCUAUACUGGGUGCAUAUUCCUUGCUUAAAGUUAUUGAAUCAGAGUUACAAGGUUAUCUCUCAGCAGCUAAUGGUCGUCUGGGCCGCUGUCUCUCACUAAGUCAAGCUGCUUCUGAGGUGCAAGAGCAAGGGGCAGUUGAUGAUCGUGAUACUUUUCUGCAUGGCGUGCGGGAUCUUCUAAGUAUUUAUUCAAAUUCACAAGCACCAUUACCAUCCUAUGUGUCGACACAUGGAAUAGUUCAGCAGAUAUUGGCAUUGCAAUCAGACUUGCUGUCUCUCCAGUUUGAGCUAGAAAACACUCUUCCGGCUGAUCGUAGAAGAUGCAUCAAUGAACUGUGCACUCUGAUUCAAACUCUGGAGCAACUUUUAUUUGCGUCAUCAACAACCGCAGAGCCAAUAUUGACACCUAGGCCUCUUAUGCGAGCACUUGAAGAUAUGGAAAAGGUCAACUCACAAGUCUCUGCUUUUGUUGAAGAAGUCACAGAGGCUCAUCGUCAGAAGGCUGAGAUUGUUAAACAUCAUCCACACGAAGUGGGACGGGAGAGACAGGUAUUUGUCGACUUCUUCUGUAACCCUGACCGGCUCAGGAGUCAAGUCAGAGAGCUCACUCUACGAGUCAAAGCGCUCCAGGAAUAGCUCUCGUCCAGUUGUGCAUCAAACUUUCAUGGUACCAAUAGUGUGAAGCAACCCUCUCUCCUUUGUUUGCCGUGGCUACUCGAGUAGAAAGCUGUCGCCGAGAAGUUUCCGCGUGCCGUGUUGUGCUGUGUUGUCUUAUUGAAGCAAUGGUGUGCGCCGAAAUGCAGUGGUUGAUAUUUGUAUGCUAUCAAAUGUAAUGUUGAUAUUAAUGCAAAAGUAAUUUGUUUAAGUCUCUUUAAUUUUCUUUUUUUCUCUUUUUUUUUGUUGU